AUGCAUCCCAUACGUCUUAUCUCACUCCGUCGUAACGGCACCAGCAAACGCGGUGGGCGCGAUUAUCCGGAUCGCAAAGACGGAUCCGGAGCGCAGAAACUCUGGUCGAGGAAGCAGGCGGAGAGGAUAAAGGUUGAGAGGACCGCGGUGUGCCGCUUGGGCGGGAAGAGGACGCGGCCACCGUGUCCCAAGGUGUGCGCGUCCGCGGUCGCGAGUCCGGAUGUCGAGGAGUUUUCUGCACAACGCCUAGUAUGCCGUCGCGCCAGAGACGACGACGACGAGAACUGCCCACUGCUUCACCUCCACCAUCAGUCUCGUCACCUCGACGCGCAUUCGCCCCAAACCGAAGCUACUCAGAGGCACGCCCGGUUCAAGAAAGAGACGCGUCUGAGGUCCACGUACGGGCGGCAAACGUCGCGCUACCAUUGCAAUGCUUCCAACACCGACGCGACUGCGCUUUUCCCUUGCGACGCGCACCCAGGUCGAGGUCAAGACUCGCCGGCACCGGUUGAUGGUGCGCCACCAGCAAUCGACGAUACGGUCAAGAUCACUGGAUUGGCGCACUCCUCGCAGUCGAGUUGGCUCGUCGGUCGCUGCGCUUCCAACCCGGGGCAUUCUGCGUCCACACCACAGAUCGAAGAUAUUGCAUCCUCUCACUCGCCCAACUUCCAAUCCCUACCGCAUCCACCCUCUAACCGUCGCCAUCAACUGGCCUUAGUACCCCUGCCCUUACACCGCGCCGAACGCUUCACCGUCCCAUUUUCGAAAGCACUGGCUCUGUGCGGAUCUGCGUGCAGCUCACUACACAGCUCGCCGGCUGCCGUUGAGGCCGGUGCACCCCCGCUACGGAUCGACGACAUGUCCAUCUUAUUCGUCCAACGCCCUUGCUAUGGAACCGGCGCACCCCUCGCCGUUGUCGCCAACGAUCCCUCCGCAACAGACAAUGGCGCGCUCAGCGCCACCGCCUCUACUCUCCGCCUUAUCCUCCCCGUUCGCGCACUCCGCCAUGGCCAGCUCAACUCCUCCCGAGCUCUCACCUUCCUCCGUUCCCAGCACCGCCUCUUGCCCGCUUGCUGCUACACCAACGCGCCGUAA